UAUAUUAAAUCCAGUCGUUUUAGACACGCCGCAGAUUACGACUGACGAGUUUUUCUAUUAACAUUAAAUAUGUAGCUGAUAAAUUUAACACCCGGGACACUCUCUUUGACUUUUUAUGUACUUGCAUAUUUUGAGGGGCCGUAUUCAAUUGUUUAUUAUUUUUAAUAAUGCGUUGGGACUUUAAAUGUUUGCAUACCAUAACUAUUGCGUAGAUUUCCAAAGGAUGAAAUAAUCAAACUUGCGUGGUUAACCAACAUGAAGAAACAAGACUUGCAGCCCACAUCAUCCAGUGUGUUAUGUUCCAAACAUUUUGAAGAUCACGUAAUUGAUAAAAGUGGAUUUAGAACAGUACUUCAUUCUGGAGCAGUUCCAACAAUAUUUGAGCUGUUGAUAGAAGCUGAUCAAGGUACGUCUAGUCAAGAGCUGCCUGUCGCUGGACCUGAGAGUUCUGUUCAGAUCAAAGUGGAACCGCUAUCAGAAUCGGAAUGUUCUUUGCUUUCGGAAAAAGAUAAACCGGUAAAUCCAGAUGGAUGCAAUAAUGAUGUUUUAGUGAAACAGGAACCAGGGGCAAAUGGAGAUGAAAAUGCAGGGAAACCUUCGGAUGAAUGGCAGGAACGGGAGCAAGCGUUAUUAAAGAGAAUUGAAGAGUUGGAAAAGAUUAAAACGGAGAGGACUGAGGAUGGACUUCGAUUGGAAUUAAAAGUUCGCGAAGAGGAGAUUGACUUGCUAAAGAGUAGAGUGAAGAAUUUAGAAACAGAGUUGCAGGCGGCGCUUUCAAAGCCCGCUGGAAAGAACCAGGAAAUCAUUCAGAACAUAAAACAGCAGCACGAGGAGCUCCUAAGCAAGGCGCGCGGCAUGAUCUUUGACAAAACAAAAAUGGUGAAGAACCAAGAGUUGCAGAUCGAGGCUUUAAAUAGCCAGGUGCAAUCGCUGAAGGAUAUCAACAACAUCACCAAGGAUCUUCUAAAUAUUAGGAAUUCUGAAGUAAAGGCUAUGGAGGAUCGUCUAGAAGCAAUGGAGGCCCGAUACAAAGCGGAGAAGGAGCGUCACUCGUUAGUUUUGCAGAGGGCACAGACCUCUUCCGGGCUCAAUGAUGACCUCAAGAAGGAGUAUGAGACACAACUUGCGAUUUUUAAGGAAUUACGUGUGAAGUAUGAACAAAGGGUCCAAGCGUUGGUAUCGGAAAAUCAACAGCUCAAGGACUUGAGGAAGAUGACUACGAAUACGACCAGCUAAUUAUUAUUUUGAUAAUUUAAUUAAAAGACUGCGUUCAAAGGUUAUUUUAACAAUAAAUUGAUUUUUAAAUA